UAGAAAAGAGGAUCAGGUCACUCCCCCCAACGCCACCUCGGCGCAUGCGCCUCCGAGCCCAGGCGAGUUCGCUUUUUUAAAAGGCGGCAGAGGCGAGACAGAGAGAGAGAGAGAGCCCGGCUGGACUCGGAAAAGGAGAGGAAGGCAGGCAGUCCGGCGUCACCGCUCCCGGCUCAGAUUCUAUAGUUCCCUUGGCCAUUCAAUGUGAUGUGGGAGAGAUACAGAAGGACGCAUCUGGCUAUGGCCUUUCGUGAAAUAAGUGACGGGCAUGUUCAGAAUGUGAAGUGCAGGAAAACAUUCAGGAUCUUCAUGUCGCCAUUCUCAGACCAGACAUUCUGUUGAUUUUGACCGGUGGCCAGCAUAACAGAAGGCAUUUACUACUGGGUAUAACAUGGCUCUCAGCCUUUUGCUACUGAGCCUCAAAAGAAGACACAGGACUCAGACAACCUGUUCUGGAUUACCUUGAGGAGAAUGCUUUUGGCUUGGCACAGCCUUCCAGUGCUAAGGUGUGAGGGCAGCAUGGCUCAGAAAGCCUGGCUCAGUACACUGUUCCAGAACCGCAAAGCCCAGCUGCUGUUGGUCAAUUCUCUAACGUUUGGCUUGGAAGUGUGUCUUGCUGCAGGCAUCACCUAUGUGCCCCCACUCUUGUUGGAAGUGGGAGUGGAAGAGAAGUUCAUGACAAUGGUUCUAGGGAUUGGACCAGUUCUAGGCCUAGUCUUUGUGCCGCUCAUUGGCUCUGCCAGCGAUCACUGGCACAGCAGCUAUGGCCGUCGCCGGCCUUUCAUCUGGGUCCUGUGUCUGGGAGUCUUCCUGAGCCUUCUGAUCAUUCCUCAUGCUCAUCGUCUGGCCAGCCUUAUUGCCCUGGAUACCCGCUCUCUGGAGUUAGCCUUCCUCAUCAUGGGCAUUGGUUUGCUUGACUUCUGUGGCCAGGUCUGCUUCACUCCCCUGGAGGCUCUUCUCUCGGACCUCUUCCAGGAGCCAGACAAUUGUCGCCAGGCCUUCUCAAUGUACUCCUUCAUGGUUAGCCUGGGGGGCUGCAUCGGGUACCUACUACCAGCCAUUGACUGGGACAGUAGUUUUUUGGCUCCUUACCUGGGAGGACAGGAGGAAUGUCUCUUCAGUCUCCUUGCCAUCAUCUUCCUUGGCUGUGUCCUGGCCACUGCUUUUGUGACUGAGGAGGUGGCUGCUCAGGUAGAAGUGCUCACAGGCCCUGCAAUGAAGGAUUCUUCCAAAUCCCCACCCUUUAGCUGCUGCUCUUUCUGGCUUCCACAGAGCCUUUUCAGGACCAGGCAUCUAGUCCAAGCCUUUAGGAGCCUUUGUGCCUUGGCCCCGCGCCUUCAUGGAGUAUGCUGCCGUAUUCCCAAGGUAAUCCGGCAGCUUUUUGUUGCUGAGUUGUGCAGCUGGAUGGCCCUCAUGACCUUCAUGCUGUUUUACACUGACUUUGUUGGGGAAGGACUAUACCAGGGAGUUCCCAGAGCUGAACCAGGCACAGAGGCCAGGAGACAUUAUGAUGAAGGAAUUCGUAUGGGAAGCCUGGGCCUCUUUCUCCAGUGCAUAAUCUCCAUCUUCUUCUCGACAAUCAUGGAUCGAAUGGUGAAACACUUUGGGACGCGAAUGGUCUACCUAGCCAGUGUGGCUUUAUUUCCACUGACUGCCUUCAUCAUGUGCUUCUCUCAGAGCAUCGUUAUAGUCACUGUUUCUGCUGCCCUGACAGGUUUCCCUUUCUCAGUGCUGCAGAUCCUACCAUACACACUGGCAUCUCUCUACCAUCAUGAAAAACAGAUAUAUUUGCCUAAGUAUAAAAGCAAAGAAGAAGAUGCAGCUCAACUAGACAAGAAGCAUGGCUUCCUCAAAACCCAUAUUUCUGGUCAGAAACUGACAUACCAAAAUGGACACAAUGGAAGUCUCUUCUCUGCCCCUGUUGCUGGCUCUUCCCUCUGCGUCAGCUCUCCCUGUGAAGUCCCUCUCAUGAUGAUGGUGGGAGACACAGACACUGCAGCUGCAAGCCGAGGCAUAUGUUCAGACCUGGCCAUUUUGGACAGUGCAUUCCUCCUUUCCCAGGUCAUCCCAUCCCUCCUCAUGGGUUCACUUGUUCAGUUCACUCAGUCAGUCACUGCUUAUAUGGCAUCUGCUACUGGUUUUGGCUUAGUGGCCAUUUACUUUGCAACCAAAGUUACCUUUGACAAAAGUGACAUGGCCAAGUAUUCGCUGUAGGAGGGGAAAGGAUGUGGAUCCAAAUCCAACUUGAAAAAGGGUCACAGAGAAGAGUCAGUUUGUACACAGGAUGCGCCUUCUUUCUUCCCAGGUUGCAUUGUUAAGGGACAUAUGCAGAAAUCUUGGCUGAAGGAUAAGAAAACAAAAGGAAAAUAUUGGGCUAAUCUCAGGGUAUCUAAUGAAAGGGAGUAUAAUAUCACAUUGCCUGUUUCUUCAUAAUGCCUUCACCAAAGUGCUUUGGCAUUGAAGUCUAUAGAUAGAGGAUUCUGGGCUUAAAAAGUAAAGGGAGAACAUUUACAUUACAGAGAACUACUAUUAGAGAUGGGAAAAGUUACUCCUGUGGACUACUGUGGCCAAUAAUGAUGGAGCUGUCGUUCAGAAAGCUAAUUUUCUUAAGCUCUGACUACUAUGAUAGCUUUUUCAAAUUGUGUGGGUGGUACAGGCACAGAAGGGGCCAAAUAUGAUUCAAAGUUCUCAUUCACCUCACUUUUUAUUAUAUAUUUUUAAGCACUGCUGUUAGUUGUGGUUGGUCUCCAGAUUGUCUUAUAGGUAAAUACACUAUUGGAAUGAAAGUUUCCUUGUCUUGGUGUGAACCAGAAAAUACAUGAAAAGAGGACUAUAAAUUGGCACAUCUAAAAGGAGGUAGAAAUUAUCCACUCCCUUCACCCAGAUGUCUUGUAAGUCAAGAUCGAGGUGAUAUAAAGAAGAUGAAUAGUGUCACAUAGGACUGGGAGAGGGACUUGUUUAGGUGUGGAUACUGUGGUUGAAAUAGCAGCAACUGAGCAGUGGCCUGACGGAAAUGAAAAACUUGGUCAUCAUCUGAUCCUCCCCCCACACCUCUGUUCUAAACUGAGUUUGCAGUGAGUACAAACAGAGAGGUUUGCAUAAACAUCAGCCAAAGAACACACCCUUUUGGAAGGCUUGGUUUUAGUGACUGGCUGGCACAAACAAACCACGGUGCCUUUCGCUGUGUGCAGUCCUAAAAAGGAGGCUUAGUGUGCCAGAAUGGUAAAAGUUCUUUCGUACAUGCUGCCUUUGCUACUAAGGACGAAUCCUACAGCCUGCCAGUACUAAAGGGCUCCAUAGAAAAACUGACCAUGUUUCUUAAUACCACAAAACAGGCACCAAGCUGAUUUUUUCCAGUGUGCAAUGUAUCCAUUAUGCCACCCAGAUUGAAUGGAGGCACUCCCUCUGUCAGGCAAACUUUGCAGAGCAAAUGGCUCUCCUUGAAAUCUGUUAUUUUUUCUGCAUUUUUUUAAACAACCAAACAGUUUUGAACAAGUAAUAUAUUUAGCUCGCAGCUAUUCAUGCAGCACCAGGCAGUGCAGCUGUUUCUAACCAGGAGCAGAACAACUCUUAGUAAGAGAAAAUCAGGGUACUCUACAUGGAAUAUUUAGACUAGAAGGGCACUUGAAGGUGAAACCCAACCCAUGGCUAUUGAGGCAAUAAAAUGUAACAUCUUAGAAAAGUUAGCUUUUUGAUCUAUAAUUCCAAGAAACAUACAGGCACAUUAAUCAUAUUAAAUUGAUUAAUGGCACAUCUAAUGUGGCCCCUCACAUCCAUUAUCAGUGUUGGAUUCCAACCUAGAUGUUUUGCCCUUUGAGUGAUGGAAGUAAUUAUACAGGUAGGUAACCAUUCAGUAGACUUAUAGGUAGUGAUAACUUGUGGACUGAAUGGGCUGGGUGCUCUCCCAGAUGAUAGGGAAGGUUCAUUCUCAUCCAUGGUUAAGUCCACAAGCACUCUGUAGGGAUAGGAAAACCACUUAGUCAGCCACCUCUGUCAGUAAUGAUCCAGAACAGGGGCCCCCUUCAUGCUACACUGUGAUAGUGCUGUCAUUCCACUUCACUGCAUUGGGUUCAUCUUGGAAUUCUGGGAUUUGCAGUUUAGAGACAGGUAUUUAGAAUUCUUUACCAAAGAGCUGUAGUGUCUCAUCAAAUCACAAACCCCAGAAUUAUAUAAGAUUCUAUAAGAUGGUGCCAUGACAGUUAAAGCGGAAUCACAAUGCUAUAAUUAACUGCCUUGAAUCUUGUACAAAGAGGAAGGCAGCAUAUAUAUAAUAUAAAUACAUUUUGUGGUGCAAAAAUGUCCCAGCAUUCCUGUCCCCAGCAUUUCCCAUAUGAAACUAUUGUUUCUCUUUUCCUAAAGAAGGCAAACUUUCUGAGGUUGAAUAUGAAGAUCAGUUAAAGCUUUGUAAAGGAUUUUUGUUUUCUAUCAAGUCAUCUUAAGAAAUUACUGGUUUAUCUUUUUGCCACAUGUUCAUUGUAGUUGACUAUACAAGGGCAAUCUUUGAAUGUGUCAUAGGGUGAGCUGGGGAUCAAGCAUAGAAUUUGGAAGAACAGCCUUAUCCACUGGAAAAGAUCUUACUGAGGUAGUCUUUCCAGUUUUGUGGUUGGCUGGGCAGAGUCUGCUACUCUGGAAGUAAAGUUACAAGCCAUAAAUAGGAGCAAAACGAUCUGGGAGCUCUCCCAACUGAGGGAGUUGUUCGAAACUGCGAGAGAGCCAUGAAGUCUCCCAACGAUCUCAGAACUCGUAUAGGAGAGGGAAUAAAGUACACAAUAUUCAAAAUAUAGAAGCAAAAUGAGAAGUACAUUGUCAUAAUCCAUCUUUUCUCAAUUUGGCAUCAUCCAGAGAUUUGAGACUUAAUUUCCAUCAUCCUGAGGAAUGACCAUGCUGAUGAAGGCUCAUGGCAGCUAUAGUCCAACAUAUGCUUCAGUCACUUUGAAAUUAGUGGUGUGGAAUUCAACAGUCCUUUGUGCCCUAUGGACAGAUUUGCUUUCCCUUUUUUACAUCCUAGACUUCAGUCAAGGAAAGAAAAUGACCACAACACAUCUUAAUUGUGUUAAUUAGGGCUGAUUCGAGUUGUAGCCCCAAAAAUCUAGAAAAUACCUAAAAUAAUUGUUUUGUUUUUUGAACCAGUGUUUCAGAUAGAGCAGUGGUUCUCAACCUGUGGGUCCCCAGAUAUUUUGGCCCUCAACUCCCAGAAAUCCCAACAGCUGGUAAACUGGGAUUUCUGGAAGCUGUAGGCCAAAACACCUGGGGACUCAAAAGGGUGAGAACCACUGGAUUAGAAGAAAGCCCAUAUAUCUACACCAAGUUGUCCUCUUUAGAUCACAUGUAUCUUCUGGUCUGGUCCUUAGGGUGGAGAAUGGGGAAAACUAUGAUGUGAAAUCCCAAUGAUUACCCAACUUGUCCUAUUUUCAGUUUUUUUUCACUUUUCUGUUUCAUGAGGACAGUGACAUGAACAUUGCAAAAAGAAAUAUUCAUUAUAUCUUUGCAAUUGUUGAUGUUUAAUAAGGGGUGUCUGGGGGCUGAUUUUUGAGCCAUUCCAAUUGCUGCUUAUAACUCUCUCACAAUGUAGUGUUAUUUUCAGUUUUGCUCAGUAAGCUCUCAUGCUUUAGCGCUUAGCCUGUUCUAGUUAUCAGGAAUAGUUGAGUUGGGCCAGUGAAAACUCCUUCCCAACCAAGUAUUCAGCCACUGGAUAAUGGAUCAAUCCACUUCAAUUGUUGCUGUAUAUUUAACGUCAGCACAGUUACAAUGGCAUUCUCUUUAACAAGUUUUCUUUUCAAGUGUUUUCUGUCAAGCAAUGAUUUUUUCCUCCAUUACUGAUAUUCACCUGCCUUUUCCCACAUAGCUUUAUUUAAAGGGAAGUUACUGAACAUGUUUAGGCCAGUGAUUGGAUUGGUGCCUUUUACUUCCAAAUAAGAGAUUUCAUUGAAUUAUAUUUGUUUGAAGGGGAACAUAUCUCCCUCACUGUGUCUUGCUGUCUUCAAUUUGUGUGUUUAUUUAUUUACGGAAGUAAAUAUUUUGUAUAGUUUAUGUGCAGGGGAUAUUAAAGUCUAUUAAGGAGUGUAAUUUUAAGAACAGUGUGUUUAUAAUUUAAUGACCCAAUGAGAACUUUUUUUUGACUUGGAACUGGAUGCCGAAUGAAUCUAUUUUUUGUCCCGAACUGAAAGAAUUAAUAAAAACUGAAGACAAUAGAAGGAA